AUGACGCCGUUCAUGCUCACUGUGGUCAUGCUGGUGCUCUUGUCCCAGGCCGUCCCAGGCAGCACCGAAAGAUGCUGGAAUCUUCACGGCACCUGCCGUGAGGAAUGCCGGAGGGAGGAAAACGGCUUCAUUUUCUGCCCGAGCGGCAAACUGUGCUGUGUGAAGCCCAGGUUCCAGCAGAAGCUUAGAGGCUGA